AGUUACGUUCCUGACAGCGUUAGCGGCUAACUGUUGUGAUACCUUGGCUGCUCAUCAGGCACAGUAUAUCUCUGUUCCAAGUUUUAAAAGUGUGCAGAGGUAACUAAGAAUGCCUCUUUUUAACAGUGGAUAAUCAGUUUCUUCGUUAAAAUACAAAGGUGUAGACAUUCAUCGGAGAAUCGUUAUAACUUCAGUGAUCAUCACUCGUACGGUUGGACGCAGGACACAACACUAGCAAUGUUGUGCUGGAAUAUUAGAUGCAAUCAUGAACGAUCGUCACAGUACAGGAUGCUACGCACAUGUAGGGAAGAGAAUACCACUCUUUCAUAAUUAAGCCAAGGGCAACAUUACCUUUGAUGACGCAAGUUACGUAAUCUCGGCGGAAUGGUUACACGACGAAGCAUCAGGAGGUUGCUGCCCGUGUUAUGCGCUGUGCUUCUCUUACGUAUAUACGUGAUCAAACUUCGAGACGGUCCUGGAGAUGACGAAAACUCCGGGUUCCACAGUUGGCACGAAUUCACGUCUAAUGAAGUUAAAUCAGAAAUGGAGAUUCUUCCUGGUCCUUCAGAUACACCGCAGAGUUCUGUCGUGGCAGAAACACAGGAAGAGGAUAUUCUACUGGAGCGAGGAAAAUAUCAGAGCCAUCAGAAUGUGCUUAACCACAGUGAAGAAGUUGAAGGUCAAGGAACUGCAGUUAACAUGAGUAACAGAACUGAUUUCAUCAGUUCUCAUGAUCACUCUCCGUUAUGGAUGCGCAUCACUGAUGACCUACACACAUACAGCGGUUUCUGGGAUUCCCGGCCAUACUUACCAGAAGGCCCGAUGGCGCGUGUCCUAGGAAUCAUGAGGUAUAAGGAGGAGCUCAUGCAGCCUGGUCGGGGUUUUAAGGUCAGUUCAUGGGUGAAAGACAACAUGCUGAACUGCUCUUGCCUUCUGUGGUACACAGAUACAGAUGUUCCUUCUCAAGGAACGCUCAAAGCAUUUGUUUACGAAGAAGGACUGAAGGAUUAUGUAGGAACAUUCCUGUUGUGUUAUCCUGUUUCCACUGGCGAGGCAAAUAAAGUGGCUGACUCGAUGAGCACAAAUUUUAGGUCUAAUAAUUAUCAAAAGAUUCCAUAUGCUGUCUCUAUCAUACCAAAAGAUUGCCAAAAUUCCUCGUAUAACAUGAUUUAUUUACGACGGGAAGAGGAGACUGCAAAUUCGAGUGAAAAUAGUAGUGCCGUGUGCGUGAGGCCAUUGUUUGGACCUUAUAAUGACCUGGUUGGCAUGGCUCAAUUCAUAUCGUACUAUUCAUCAGUUCUGAAGGUAAAUAACUUUUAUUUUUAUGAUCUUGCUCUUAACGAUGACGUGCUUGAAUAUCUGUUAAAAGUGGCUACCUUAGGAGUGAAAAUCAAAAUCCUUCAAUGGAACGUUCCAACAACUGACUGGGAGAAACUGUGGGAUUUAGGAUCUCUCACUGCGCUCAAUGACUGCGUGUAUAGGAGUUCCAAAAAACAUGCUUAUGUCGCUGUGGUAGAUUUAGACGAGUUCAUUGUGCCAAAAAUUAAAGGUUUGACUCUCGAAGAUGUGUAUAAAAAAGUUCUCUCUCACAAGGUAGGAAAUCAUGGUGAUGCCGUCCUCAUCCGAAACGUCUUUUUCUGUUACGAAUUUGAAAAUACUAAAAACGAUACUAUUGACAUAAAUGAAUUGCCAAUAUUCAGGUACAUCCACCGAGAGGACCGAGUUUGGCCGUCGAAACUGCGCUCGAAAAUGAUCGUGGUGCCGGAAGCGGUCGUAGCACUCGGUCACCACAUGAUCCACCACUUCGGGAAGGAGAAUCUGAAGAACCAUGGAGCACCUAACACCAUAGCUGUCUUGCGCCACUAUCGCACUUGUAAAGAUGUGAACAUGGGUAUCCACGCUACAGGGCCCAGAGUAUUGGACCAAAAAGUAAUUAAAGAUGCCAGUAUGAUGAAGUUUAAAAGUUCGGUUUUGAAAUCUAAAGUUCUACAGCUGUACCUACAGUUUAUUCAACACAAAAUGACAACAAAUAAAACUCUGUGAUG